AUGGAGGAGGGAGAAAUUUUGGAUACCAUCUUGGAACAUCUUCAUCCUCUCCAGAUUCCUGCAGACCACAAAGUCACCAGGGGGAAAAUGAGUGGAUGGCAGCCCAUCAGCCAGAAGCUUUCAAGGCAACAAAGCACUUCCUACUUCUUGUCUAAAGAGAAGAUAAACCUGUACAAAUAUUAUGGCUUCAAAUUGAGGAAUACCAAGCAGAAGGACCUUGUAAAAGAUCACCUCAAGAAGCUUCUGGCAAUCUCACUUGAAGAUGAGACAGACAGAGAGGGAAUCUCGGAGAGCAUCCACCUAGCUGUACACCAUCAUCUUCCCGAAAUUCUCUUGGUCCUCAGGGAGGUCGGUAACAUCGCACAGCCCAAGAGACCAUCUCUCUUGGAAGACUCCCAUGAGGACCCACAAUAUGUGUCUGACAGAAGGAUUAGGACAACAUUAAUCCUCUGCUAUGGACAAGCAGCCCAGGGAGCCUCCCCUGAAGACCUGGGUGAUUUCAUCCAACCCAUCGUGUCCGAAAUGCUUGUCCAGUACUCCACUAUGAACAAGGACGAAGGCCUGAAGAAAGCCUUCAUGAGGUCCAUCAUCAUGGUCACCAAAGCGGCUGCCCUCAGCAGGAGGCAAGACCUCCAUCUGCCCCAGAAACAGGAAUUGGUCACCAAGAUCAUCGAAGUCAUUGAAGAUGAGCCCCUGAUACCCUUGUCUGUCACAAUUCUCCAUCAAGCCAUCGUCACCAUCACCUGCAUGAGCCGUAUGAAGCCCUCCUUGAACUCUGAGGUGAGGUCUGAAGUGGUCAACCAAAGCAUCCGGAAGGUGUUUUCAUUGCCAGCUCUCAAAGUAUCCACAAUGAAAACAGAUAGCCAACCCCCAUCAUCUCACUCUCAGGAUUUCUAUCAUCAAAUAGCCACUGCCUGCAACAACAUGCUGACCGGAUUGCUGUCUGAAGCUCCCAAUUUGGAUGCCCUGCAGGAGAUCCUGAUGCACACAAAUCCCUGGAUCGAUUCUCCCAAGAGCCACGAGAGAUGGAGGGCCCUCAAGACCAUCAAGCACCUCUUCAAGUUCGUUUUGGAAAAUGUCAAUUUCGACACCACAGGUGACUUUUCUUUGCUGGGACAGCUGGUGGCUUUGCUGGCCCUGCACAUUGGCGACAGCAGACCAGAAAUUGGCCAGAUAUCCGCAGAGGUUGCCUACCACCUGCACCACCUCCUCAUGAGCAAAAUGGCAAAAGAAAUGGACAAGAAACAGAAGAACAUUGUACAUUUGCAGAGGGAAGAAUUCUUUGUUUCGGGCUCUGGGAUCUUCCACAACAACAUCUCCAAAAUGGCGAAGGCUUUUGGGAAGCAUCUCAGCCCAUUGCAGCUAACGCAGCUGCUCUUGGAAACCCUGGGGGCUUUGACACAAGUCGACAUCUCACACUCUGCGGGGCUGCUCCUCAACGCCAUCCUAUUGGAGUUUGGAGAUGAGGAGGAAACGAAGGAACUACCCAUGAUCUUGAAGGAGAUCUAUCAGCGUCUCCCGAAUAUUACCCACCCAGCAACCAAAGCCCUCGCCCUCAAGGCCGUAUAUCACUUGGCCUCCAAGAGGGUCAACCAAGUUGUGGACAUAUUGCUGGAAUCCUCCGUUGGCUGUGAUGGAAAUGCCAGGGAGAUUUGGGAGGCGCUGGCUGAAGACCCUUAUGCCAAUCUCAAGAUCAUGAAGCCCCUCAUGAAAAGGCUGGAAGACCAAGACCCCAGCACCGAUGCCCUCUCAAGGAGGAAUAGCAAGUCCCUCAUGCCCAUUGCUGCCACCAAUGCCCUCUCUUUCCUCCUGUCCCUCCCGAACGCUGCUGAGCUCCUCCCCAACAAAUUCUCCAACCUGCUCCUCGCCCUGGUCACGCAGCUGUACUUCCUCCUGGGAGCCAGCAAGAGUGGAUCCGGGAGGUCCAGCAGAGUCAUGGACCUUUCAGAACAGAUCAACCCCUUGAGCACGGCAGUGGAGGCGAUCAAAAACCUCAUCCUGUCUGCCGGAUACAAUGAAGAAUAUGAAGAUUUGACGACGCUGGGAUGCUGGAAGAUGCUCUUGAGCCCAGAUAGUCUGUUUGAGGCCAUUUUCCACCUGGUCCGGAAACUCUUUGCAUACAAUAAAGCGGAGAUGAAGAUGAUGUUCAGACAUGCCAACACCUACCUGCACCAUCCCGACUUAAGGGAGAAGACAAUUGGCAUGGUGUUCUUCUCGGAGCUUCUCUCUCACCCGGAGCUUGGGCACUUGUUCAUCAUGAAGGACAUCCUCAGGGUCCUCCAAAAAUGGAUGGCUGAGCCAUAUCCCCUCAUCCAAAUAUUUGCUGUUCGUGGUCUGGGGUAUCUUCUCCAGCACCCCUUUGAGAAUACGAUGUUAGAGCCGGUGCUAGUCCCCGUGGUCAACUGUGCUUGUCACCCAGACAAGUCUGUAGCAAAAGAAUCACUCCGGACGCUUCAGUUCCUUUUCCGGCAUCUGAAUGCUCAAACCUAUGGAUGGAAAGCUGUCAAUCUUAUUCCGGUCCUGGGGAAUUAUUUUGCAGAUGAGGACACCGAGUUGCGCAACACCUCCAUCACCCUUUUUGGCCUGGUCUUAAAAGGGGUCAAGAGGGCAGAGGGGAAUCUGACCAAAUCCAUCCUGCACAACCUGAUUCCUCUCAUAAUCCAGUUGGCUAAUAGUUGGACCCGAGAGAUCUCCAGGAACACCCUGAUCUCCUGCAUCUCCUUUAUGAAGUGGGAGGAGGUUCCAGAGACUUUGUUUGACUACGAGAUUUACACCAGUCUCCAGAGCAUGUAUUCCAGCAUCUGCUCGGAGGUGAUCAAUCGAUGCAAGGAAAAAUUGCCGGUAAUGUUGAAGCAGAUGCUGAAAUUCCUGAAGAGCCGGAAUUCUUCAUCCCGAGAGGCAGCUGCCCUCUUAAUUGGCUGCUGUGCAGAAUACAUGAAACAGAAUGUGGUGACUUCCAAACAAAUCGAAGAAGUUUUCCUGGGUCUCCAGGAUCUGCAAGAGGAUUGUGAAGCCUCCGUGGCUCAGGCUGCAGCUGAGUCCAUGAAAGUAAUCGUCUGGCAGUGCGGCCAUCGGAUGAAGCCAGAUCAGAUUAUUAUCCAUUUCCUCUCCAAUGCCAUCCGGAACACCUCCGUGACCAAACUGUCAUAG